GUUGGUGCCCGGAUGGAGCGGGAGCGGUUUCUUCGGAAGGUGUCGGCGAUGCAGGCCUGCGUCCGGGGCUUCUUGGUCCGACGCCACUUCCAGAGUCUGAGAGCUGAGUAUGAGGCUAUUGUACGAGAGAUCGAGGGUGAUCUGGGCACGCUUCAGUGGACUGAGGGCUGGAUUCCCAGGCCCCAAUUUCUCCCAGAGAAAGCAAAAUCCCAUCGGAUCUGGAAAGCUGGAGAGAGGAUACAAAAUCCAGAGCAGGAACAGUGGAGCCGCUUCCCAUGUAAAGAGCCUGAGAGAGAGGCCAUCUGGGAGGGGAUGAUGCUGAAGAAGUCAGGAGAGAGCCCAGCAAACUCAAGAAGUCUUCCCUGCAGAGAUGACAGCCCCUGGCUCCAGGAUGAGCAAAGCAAGAAAACCGCAAAACCCAGCCAAGAGGAGACCAGAGAUAUAUCAAGGAUGGAGAACACAGCUGCAGGUCCAGGACUGCCCCACAGCCAGAUGGAGUUCCAGGAGCUCCAGUACCAGCGCAGCCACUUGGCCAUGGAACUGCUGUGGCUACAACAGGCCAUCAAUAGCCGUAAGGAGUACCUAAUUCUCAAACAAACACUGAGAUCCCCAGAGGCGGGCCAGACCGGAGACGAGCCCAGCAUGUGCCCAGACCACAGGGGACAGGCCUGUGAGAGGGCCAGGUCACAACCAAGCCCACCACUGGAAGACCAGUCCUACAGAGACAGGACCACUAGAGAGCCAGACCAUGUGGAUGACUCCUGCAGGAAGGUCAAAUCACAACCCCACAAAUCCCCAGAAAGACUGGCCACUACACUCAAAACCACUACUGGGGCCAAGUACAGGGACCAAUGCUACAGGAGGGCUGGACCACAGCUGCCCACACCAUCAGAUAACCAGGCAAUAGAGAACAGGCGCAGCAAAGAGCCAGACUGUGGGGAGCAGACCUUUGGAGGGGCCUGCAUGCAGCUGACAAAACUCCUGGAGGACCAAACCCCUAAAGGCCUCAAACCUAGCGGCCACUGUUCUGGAAAGGCCAGGACACAGCUGCCUGCACUCCAUGAGGACCCAAACAUCGAAGACAAGUCUCCCAGAAGGCCAGACCACAAAAAGCCUGAUUUCCAAAGAGCUAGACCACGAGAGUUGGGUCUCUCGGAGGACCAUGUCAUCUGGGAUAGGACCUUGACAGGACCAGAGCAUGGUGGCCUGGAUCUCUGGAGGACUAAACCACCUAAGGGCCAGACACCCAGUGACAAAAGCUCCAGAGAUAGAACCUCCAAUGAGCUUAGCUAUGAAAGAUGGAAAAACCAGAGGACUGUACCAUGGAGAUCAAGGCCACCUGAGAAACUGUCUUCCAGAGGGUCAAACCAAACAGGAGAGGACCACUGGAGGGGCAGACCGUGGAAAACAGGACCAGCAGGCUAGACCCUGGGGAGCCAGGGGUGGACCAGGUUCCGAAAGGGGUACCAUGAAAGAGCAAGGAGGGAGACGGGACCUCGUCCUAGCUCCCUGGUACCAGCUCUACCUCCUGCCCCUGUCCCUGGCCACUGGUAGCUAAUGGGGCCAAGACAAGCUGAGCCAAGAGCUGGUACCAGUAUAGGGAGUGGAGGGAGAAGGACGCUCAUCCUCUGCCUGUGGAUCAAUCCAAAUUUUGGGACAGGGAGUUACCUGGGGUAAGUAAAGUGGGGGGCCUGAUGGAGAAUAAAGGUUUUUGUUGGAUUCUGA